AUGACCGAGUCAUCUUCUACAUCCAGCCACCAGAAUAGCAGUAUUUAUAUCCAUCAUCACUGUGAGAAUCCAAAACCUCUGCAAGUAGCCGAUGCCCACAUUAUUUACGACGAGAAAAAUUAUCUACCCGAUGAAGUGCCUGAUACCAGAGAUAUAGCACUUCCGUACAACGAGGAUAAGAUUAACGAGAUAUCCAUCGAUAUUGGCGGCUCUUUGGCCAAACUCUGCUACUCGAAGCCAGAUCCUCAAGCUGGAGGUGUUCGCCUUUGUUUUUACAGCCUUGAAACCGAUAAGAUUGACUUAUUUAUUCGAUUCAUUCAAGAGAUCUUGGUCCAGUACUAUCAUCACGAUCCUGCACAUCACCUAUAUAACGAGAAUCUUGUUGUAAUAGCCACUGGAGGCGGUGCUUACAAAUACUACGAUAAGUUACGCCACGAAUUGCAUUGCACUGUACAAAAAGAGGAUGAGAUGCAAUGUCUUAUAAUAGGCCUGGACUUCUUUGUUACCGAGAUAAAGCGAGAGGUGUUUUAUUUCGACGAGGCUAAACAUUGCUACGUGGAAGUGGAGCUUAACGAUGACGAAAAUGGUCAAACAGAGGUAAUUGAGGAUCAAUAUCCCUAUUUAUUAGUCAACAUAGGCUCGGGAGUAUCCAUGAUUAAGGUGACAGGUCCAGGCCCAGACAGCUUUUUGCGAGUUGGGGGUUCAUCUCUUGGAGGAGGUACCCUUUGGGGCCUACUCUCUAUCUUGACAGACUGCAGAACCUUUGAUGAAAUGUUGGAGAUGGCAGCCCAAGGAAACAACGAGAAUGUUGAUCUUUUAGUAGGUGAUAUAUACGGUCAAGGAUACAACAGUAUUGGUCUUAAGGCUAAUCACAUAGCCAGUUCGAUGGGGAAGGUUUACAAAAAGGUGUUUGAAGAUGAGAAAGGACGAAACGAAGACAGAGAACAUCGGUUGCACAAAUUCCACCAGCAAGAUAUAGCCAGAUCGUUGUUGUAUGCAGUCUCCAACAAUAUUGGACAGAUUGCAUAUCUGCAAGCACAGAGAUACAACCUCAAGAAGAUCUACUUUGCAGGGUCGUAUAUCCGAAACCACUAUCAGACGAUCCGAACUUUGAGCUACGCCAUUGAUUUCUGGUCUGGGGGAACGAAAAAGGCUUAUUUCUUGAGACACGAGGGUUAUUUGGGGAGUAUGGGAGCCUUUUUGAUGAGAAGAGCAGAUUAA